AUGAUGGGGACCGAUGGACCGCUGAACUUUGCGUCUCUGGCGGACCUCGACAACUUCCAAGCCGUCGUCAAGACCAAGCACUUCCGGGAUGACGCCAGCUUCCCGCUCAAGAAGCGGUUCCGCCAGAGGGGCCCCUUCCGCUGGUUCAAGGUCUGGAAGGAAGCCACGGAAGGGUCAGCGGAAACAGGGCCCUUCCUGGCGGUCGCGAACGCGGCCGCGCGGCGCUGGUGGGCGGCGGAGGGAGGGGUGUUUGAGGGCUUUGCUUAUGACUCGACGUCCCAUGUCAUUGUGAUCAGUGAGAAGAUGAAGGAGGGUAUGCAUGGGGAGUUCUGGGCCGCGUUCGAGAGGGCGGGACAAAAGCUGGGGCAGAAGCUGCGAACGUGUCCCAGCCUGGCGAAACGGCUGAUGCUGAUGGAAGCUGAGCACAUCCACGACUCCGCAAACAUUCCCCUCUGCUUACCGGUGUCAGAUGUCGACGAGGCGAGACGGCGCGGCGGGUUCGCUCCCCCGGACAACUGGAGGGCCAUCAUCGAGACAGCGAUGGAUGGGAGAAAGGCCCCGGAGAAGACCAACCGAGCGGCCCCCGGGUCCGGCAAUGCCCCUGGAGCAGAGAAGGUGUACCACUGCUUACACUGCACCCGGUGGUUCAGUACGUCGCAGGGGCUCGCCGGGCACACCGGUGGGCACAACAGCCGGAAAGACAAGACUCCCGCCAGAAAUGAGUCUGGGACCGCUGCAAGGCGCGAUUCCGCCCCAGCCGCGCGGGGCGCGCCGGACGGAGCCCCCGGCGGUGCAAGCGGACUCAGAAGCAACGGCCGUCCGGAAGCGGCACCGGAGGCCGACGGGCCACGUGUCGGCACGCGGAAGCGUGGACGCCCAGAGGCGGCGCCGGCGGCCGAGAGGCCAGGUGUCGGCACACGGAGCAGUGGACGUCCGCAGGAGGCGGCACCCGCGGCCGCGGCCGCGGUCGCGCAGCCGAAUACCCCCGGGAGCAACUACGAUCACCGUCCAGGACUGCUGGCAGGCGCAGCGAUUCUCGCCAAAAUGCUAUACCCGGAAAGCGACCUCGGAGCAAUCAUGAUGGAGGCGAACGGGUAUACCGCAAAAGCAAAUGAAGUCAUAGACCUGGAAAGAUGCUAA